AUGUCGGCAAAGAUUGGUAAACCAGCUCCUGAAUUUAAGAGUACUGCAGUUGUCGAUGGAAACUUUAAAGAUAUUUCACUUAAAGAUUAUAAAGGCAAAUAUGUUGUACUCUUUUUCUAUCCAUUGGAUUUUACAUUCGUUUGUCCAACAGAAAUAAUCUCAUUCAGCGAUCGUAUUGAAGAAUUCCGUCAAAUAAACUGCGAAAUAUUAGCUUGCUCAACUGAUUCUCAUUUUAGUCAUCUCGCAUGGGUUAAUACAAGCCGUAAACAAGGUGGUCUUGGAAAAAUGAAUAUUCCAUUAUUAGCUGAUAAAAACUUGGAUAUUUCUACAAAAUAUGGUGUAUUAAAAGACGAUGAAGGUAUAGCUUUUCGUGGUUUAUUUAUUAUUGAUUCUAAUGGAAUCCUUCGUCAAAUAACAAUAAAUGAUUUACCAGUUGGUCGUUCAGUUGAUGAAACACUUCGAUUAGUUCAAGCAUUUCAAUUUACCGAUAAACAUGGCGAAGUAUGUCCAGCUAAUUGGAAACCAGGAAAGAAAACAAUUAAUCCUGAUGUUUCAAAGUCAAAAGAAUAUUUUGAACAUGCUAACUAA